AUGAAUUCAAGCUUUUAAAAAGGGGGAGACUACAAUACAGGAGAUAAGGAAGCUAAGCGAGCUCGCGCGGAACAGACAAUACAGACACUUACCGCGGUCAGAUAAAGAAUGGGAGAAAAAUGGAAAAGACAGCAAAAGCUUCAGAAAGUUCCACAGAUUCCUUGCAUUCGAGUCCCUCCCUCUGCCUUUGACACUUCAUUAAUGAAGGACCUGACUCCCGGGCAGCGGCGCUACUUUUACAGCAUCAUGAAGAUUUACAACUCCAGGCCCCAGUGGGCGGCCCUGCAGACCCGCUAUAUUCACAGCCUUCAGCACCAGCAGCUGCUUGGUUAUAUAACUCAAAAGGAGGCCUUGGCGUGUGCUGCUGUACUUAGAGAUUCAGCCAAGAAAGCCUCGGCCAAGGGAGCUCCUCCAAGAACCAGCUCCAGAAGGGCCUCGGUCAUGACAAGAACAUGGCUGCCAGCACUCCCUGUGUCUGUGGGUCCACCCAGGACCAAAAGCGCAGGGCUCUGA